GACUCGGGGGAACCACUGCUGGCUUGGAGUGUGCCUCACGCUGCUUCUCGUCCGUCCGUGCUUUCUAAUCUGUCGUCAUUCUGCCGCGCCGGGGGGCGCAGAAACUCGUUCUCCAUUAGCAAACACCGUUAUAUGUUUAUAAUGAUAAAAUACACUCCCGAAACGCUAAGGAAUCUUCAGCCUGCCGUGGGCUUUGUGCCUCCCGCCUUAUUAUUAUUUCCCGAGAAGUGCCGGCAAGCGGCAGCCGCUGUGCAUGGCGAAGGCAGCCUGAGCCGAGCAGGCCGUGCGGGGCUCGGGGCGCGUUUGGGGCAGGGCUGGGUCUGGGCACCUUCCCCGCCUGUGUGGGGCACCUUCCCCACCUGUGUGGGGCACCUUCCCCGCCUGUGUGGGGCACCUUCCCCGCCUGUGUGGGGCACCGUGGUGUGCAGGGCGGGAGGGAAGGCUGGAGGCGCUGCCGGCGGAGCUGGGACUGCGGCAAAGAUGCAUCCAGUCCUAAAGGCCUUUGUGUGCGGCUCCAUCAGUGGCACUUGUUCCACGCUGCUCUUCCAACCCCUUGACCUGCUGAAAACCCGCCUGCAAACUCUGCAGCCUGCUGUGGAUAGGUCUGGUCGUGCUGGGAUGGUAACACUGCUCUUUAGGGUUGUUCGUACUGAGAGUAUUCUGGGGCUCUGGAAAGGUGUCUCUCCAUCCUUUGCAAGAUGUAUUCCUGGGGUUGGGAUUUACUUCAGCACUUUGUACGUGAUGAAGCAAAAGUUUCUUGUGGACCGUUCACCCACAGCCCUGGAGAAUGUCUUUCUGGGUGCCACUGCUCGUGCAGUUUCUGGGAUUUGCAUGUUGCCAGUGACUGUAGUGAAGACCCGAUAUGAGAGUGGAAGAUUUGGCUAUGGGAGUGUGUAUGGAGCCCUGAAGAGUAUCUAUCAGACCGAAGGGGCUCGUGGCAUGUUCAGUGGGCUCACGGCAACGCUGCUGCGGGAUGCGCCCUUCUCUGGCAUCUACCUGAUGUUCUACACACAGACCAAAAACCUCACACCUCAGGACCGGCUGGAUCCAGUGCUCAUGCCCUUGCUGAAUUUUGGCUGUGGGAUCUUUGCGGGAGUCUUGGCCUCUCUGGUAACGCAGCCUGCUGAUGUCAUCAAAACACACAUGCAGCUGUCACCCCAAAAGUACCACAGGACAAGCCAGGCUAUUGCCUUUAUCUACAAGGACUUUGGGCUGGUUGGCUUUUUCCGAGGCAGUGUGCCCCGCGUCCUCAGGCGCACUCUGAUGGCAGCAAUGGCAUGGACGGUGUAUGAACAGAUGAUGGAAAAAAUGGGCUUGAAGUCCUGACUGAGCUGCACGAGAAAGGACCAGCUUCACUCCUUCUCCCGCUUGCUGUGAUCAACUGGCACUGAGAAGUUCCCAGUUCCACAGAGAAAUAAGCCUUCCUCAGCCAGGAGGAAGAAAGCCCUUCUGAGACAGGGGAUUAGGCCUUUUGGCAAGUAGAGGAAAGGAAGGAUUGGAUCUUUGUGUUGUUUGAUCAAUGCAUUCCAGAAGGACUGCACUUGCAGACUGCCACGAGAAAUGGCAGGGUUUUUCCUGGUUACUGGCCUGGCUACUAUGCUGAGAAGCCCCUUUUAAAAAUAACUCUGUGCUCACCACCUUUAUGCAAUGAGACAGUAUUAGAGCAAGAGUGUUUGAGGAGAAAACAGUGGUGACAGAACCUGCCAGCCUGUUCCUUGUUGGCGUGACCAGAAAGGCCACAGUGACCACCAUCUGGUAUAGAUCCUCCUUCCUCAUAUGCUUUAUUCUCACAGGGGAGCACUGGGCCUUGGUGUGUCUCGUAAUGCUUGUAUUGCAGGAGUGGGUGGAAGAGAAAUGGAGUGCAGGGGAAAAGCUACAAGCAUGGUCUCUGCCAUCACUUUUGUACUGUGGGUGAUUGCAGAGAGAGUAACUGGGACCUCCCUGCUGUGUUAUGUGUUAUUAUGUGAUUGAGCAGCUGAACAGUCUUGAAAUGUUCUUCUGCCUCUACCGCAGAGUUUGCACAGGAAUUAAGAAGCAUAAGGCACUUUAGAAUUGAUUGCUACCAAAGUUCUUCUUGUUCUUUGAAAAAAAAAAUGCUGCUGGUCUAACUAUAGCAGGAAUGUGGGUUUUGUUGGUUUUUUUAAUGUAGUUGUCAUAGUAGAGAUUUAUUUGCUUCCUAUUCCUUAUUUGUUAAUCCCUGAUCAACACCCUCAGUGUGAACUGGUCCUUAGAUGUAGCUUUUAGGGCCAUGGCUCAUAAUACCUAAGUGUAUCAUAGAAACAGGUGUAGCUACUGGCACUUCAGAUUUCCCUUAAAAACAUUGCUGAUUGCAUGUGGAGUAUGUUUUGGUUUGGAAAGAAAAGGUUGCUCUUUCUGUAAGCUUUCUCCAAAGUUUGAGCCCUGUGGGUGCUUGGUAGCAACCUUUAAUUCCCUUAGGGCUCCACACAGACUCUUCACAUUUUCCUGGCUGAUCCUUUUCUCUUAUCAGGUAGUCCAUGUUCGAGUAUGCAUGAGUUUAAAUACACUUUUCAUCCUCUGUGCCUUCUUACUCUUUCCUGCUGUGUUACUCACAGUGUGUGCCAGGUGCAGCCUGCUCCCCUCUUCACUUGUGCCUCUGUGAUGGGUUGGGUCCCUCGCAGCUUUGUUAGCAUAGCCAUGAAGCUGGUGUGGAAGUGUGCAUCCUGUUCUGUAGUGUGCCUUGUAGAAAACUUAGCUUUGGCUUUUAUUUUCUUAAAUAUCUAGGGAUAUGGCAAUUCACUUCAGAACCAGAGCACCUGUCUCUGUGAAGAUAGGACAGUGUAGCUGUGCUACACCAGUGCUGCUUACCUGUUGUUCAUAAAUUUAAGAGUGUAUUUUGGACAAUGACUGCCUGCCCUGGCAACAUCCCGAGUGUGAGAGCAGAGGGGAUGUGGGUUGUUAAAGGUGUUCAUUACCAGAUUUCAACUCCGAGAAGGCUUGAUGACUGAUGUAAAAGUUGAGUGAAGUGUAAGAAGACAGGCUGGAGGCUUGGAAAGUGCUGCCUGUUUUCAGACUCAGCCCGUCUCUGAGGGGAGGCUGGUGCUCUGCAGUGCAGGAGUCUCCAGGAAUGGUGGUGGAGGGUUCUGGAUGCACAUGUUGACGUGUCAGCAAUAGAGCACUGCAUCAAAUCAGGCAUGUGGCACAUUAUUUUCUAGAUCCUAAACGGGAACACCUUCUGCCCUUUGUGACCAGAGUCACUGAGUGUGAGAGUGUAUGAAACCUUGGUAACUGCACAUCCUGCUUGUUUACUGUCCUGAGCACUACUGACACAGAGAGCUAGAGAACCAAGUCUAGGAUUGCUGACCUGGCAGAAUAAGAUGGCAAUUACAUGAGCUACCUCAUUUGUCCUUUAUUCCCCUUUGUAUGGAAUCAAACCAACAUUGUGCCAGGAGCCUGAAUUUAUUUUGGGCUUUAUAAAUCCGGUGUGCGAGUUGGAUCUGUUGAUCAUUCUGGGCUGUGGUAGCCAAGGGCAGUGUGCGGGAUCACCUGAAAGGUGCUUCACACAUAUUUUGUUCCUGGUUUAGCAGCAGCAAAACAAUGUGCAACCUGUGCAGGCAGAAACUUAAGCUCUUAGAAAUGAGGCAGGCAAGUGAAGAAUGCAAGGUAAUCUGGAAUUAAGUAAGGUCCUCAUCAGAAACCUGAAUUUCAGGAACACUUUGGUGGCUUUUAUGUCCCUGUACUCCUGUCUGGUGGUCAAGUAAUAAAGGAAGAAGUAGAGAAUUUAUUCCCAUGUGCUAAUGUUUUAAGGUCUUCUGUGGGAUUGUUUGUUUGUUUAAAAUCUGGAAUCAGACCUAAAGCAGUGUUAGCUUUUUCUUUGGGAAAGUUUUUCCAUUCUGCUUUGGUGCUUUGUUAUUGGAGUAGAGUGAAAAAUUGUAUGGUUUUGGGCUUGUGGAUUAACCUGGGCUCUUCUGAGUUUAAGAAAUAGAGAAUCUAAACUGCACUGUGUUUCAUCUGCCAUUGGUGCUGCAAAUCCAAAAGCUUAUCUACCUGUGAGUUGGGGAGAAUGAAUUCUGUGGGGCAAGCUUAUUUGUUUCUCAUUGUUAUUUCUUUUGUCGAGUGUCAUGUAUGGGGGAAGGGAAAGCCUGAAGUUCUGCUUCACUCUGUUCUGAAAGCUUUAGCACAUGGUCAGGCAUAAGACUGUUUCUCAGCUCUGAUCCUUACUGUCCUUCACCCUUUUCCCCUCUUCAAAAACAUGCUGUUUGUGAAGUGAAUUAUUGAAGUUACUCCUUGAUAGCUAUAGCAAGUCAAGACAAUCAAAUGCAUGGACUUAAAGUUUAGAUGUAUUCCCCUUGAGGUUUAAUGCUUCUACUUAACAAUGUAUUGUCACUGUACAGCCUAAAGGUAAAGUAAAUCAAAAGAUCUGGACAGAGGUGCUUAAUCGUCUACGUGCAUCAUGCCAGCAAUUCAACACUAACAAUCUUGUCAGAUGAUGAUUUCCAAAACCAUCUUAGCUUGGAUUCCAGAGACAGUGGUAUUCUCCCUCUGUGCACUUCAGGAUUGCAGUUGGAUCCCUCUUGGACUGACCUCUGUUGCUGCCAGUGCAGUGUCACUGAUCGGGCACUGCCUCUGCUUGCCCCUGCAGCUGUGGCUAAGAACGCAGCUGGCUGGCAUGUUGAGGCAGGCAGUGUUUAAGUGCGUUGUAAGGACACCAGAGAAACAGUCUGAUUAUUCAUGCUUUAGAAACUUUAUGUUUCUACUCUUCCUGUGUGAUGAUUUGUUUGUUGGUUUGUUUUUUGUUUUUUUUCUUCUUGGUGUCUUAAACAGAACUGGAGCUUUGGAACAUUGGAUAGCUUUGGUAUUGUGAGUGCUUAUGUGUCUAUAUAAAAUAUUUAUGUGAAAAGGUGUAUUAUAUGUUUCUAUUAAAAACUAGUUGCUAAAAUGAAGGAUGUAAUCUCAUCAGUGUUUCU